AUGGGAAAGGGAUGCUUGGAGGUGUUGGCGCUGCUCCUUCUCAGCUGUAUUUACUGCAGCGAGGAGCAAAGUCCACGUAGCUGUGGAUGCAGUUUACAGGUGAUUGCACUUAGUAAGAGAAGCAAGGAGGCUGAGACGGCUUUCCUGAGCGUUUACAAGCAAUUGCUCGAAGCUCCAGACCCCGCUCCUGUGCUGGAAGCUGCCCGGAGCCUGGAGGAUCGGCUGCAGCAGCUCCAGCGCCUCGACCCCGAGCCGCCUCCGCUGAAGGAUCUCAGCCGGCCCUGGAAGAAGCACACGGAGCUCUCCGGCACCAAAGAGCGCAGGGAGGGGAAAUCGCCGGCAGCCGAGCCCCCGCUCCCCGGCCUCGACAGCAAAGCGCCGAGCACCGAGACCUCGCUGCCCAGAAAUGAGGCAGACAAGCAGAAGGGCCUGCAGGAAGCUCAGGUCACCUUGGCCGCUCGGCUGGGGGAGGCAGAGGAGAAGAUCAAAGUGCUCCAUGCAGCGCUGAAGGCCACCCAGACGGAGCUGCUGGAGCUGCGCUGUAAAUACGACGAGGAAGCGGCGUCCAAGGCAGACGAAGUCGCCAUGAUCAUGACCAACCUUGAAAAAGCCAACCAGCGGGCGGAGGCAGCACAGAGGGAGGUGGAGAGUUUGCGGGAGCAGCUGGCGGCUGUCAACAGCUCCCUGCGCCUGGCCUGCUGCUCCCCGACGGGCACCACGGGGGACAAAGUGAACUAUUCCAUGUGCUCAGGGUCGAGGUUGGAGGCAGCUUUGGCUGCCAAGGACCGGGAGAUCCUGCGGCUCCUGAAGGACGUCCAGCACCUCCAGAGCUCGCUGCAGGAGCUGGAGGAGUCCUCUGCCAACCAGAUCGCCGAGCUGGAGGGGCAGCUGGCUGCCAAGAACGAGGCCAUCGAGAAGCUGGAGGAGAAGCUGCAGGCACAGGCAGACUACGAGGAGAUCAAAACAGAGCUGAGCAUCCUGAAGGCAAUGAAGGUGGCCUCUGCUGGCUGCAGCCUCCCCCAGGCAAGUGCCGUGGCACGUCCCGAGGCGCUGGCUGGGCAGUGCCAGCCCUGCCGACGGUGCCUCCGCCGCCUGUCCCCAUCUCUUGGCUCCUUGCAGAGCAUCUCGAAGGCAGAGGAGGCCCUGCUGCUGGGGAAGGAGGCUUUCUACCCCUCCCAGAAGUACCUGCUGGAGAAGCCCAGCCUGCUGACCAGCACUGAGGAGGAUCACUCCGAAGACGAGUCGGGAAAGGAUUCACUGGGCAUGGAGCAGCCAUACCCAUCCCCCCACCACGCCCCAACCGACGACCCCGCCUCUCCCACUCCCCUCCCGCCACCGCCUGGCCCCGGCAUGGCCCCCGACGGUCCCCGGACUUUCUCACUGUCCCCCUUCCCUGGGGGUGAGAGGCUUUCAGGGGACCCCAAGGCCCCCCACCUCCCUCUGCCCAGCUACAAGAGCGAGAGCAGCAGCGGGGGACCUCCCUUUCCUUCCUCCUUCUUCGGGGCCAAAAGCAGCACCGUGCACCCCGUCCCCGUGCCAGCCACCAGUGCCACCAGCCCGCCCGGCGAGCCCUCGGAGGGCAGCGCCGGCAGCUCCGCCGAGGAGGAGCAGCUGGACACGGCUGAAAUCGCCUUCCAGGUGAAGGAGCAGCUGCUGAAGCACAACAUCGGGCAGAGGGUCUUCGGGCACUACGUGCUGGGGCUGUCGCAGGGCUCCGUCAGUGAGAUCCUGGCACGGCCCAAGCCCUGGCACAAGCUGACGGUGAAGGGCAAGGAGCCGUUCAUCAAGAUGAAGCAGUUCCUCUCCGACGAGCAGAACGUGCUGGCCCUGAGGACUAUCCAGGUGCGCCAGAGAGGUAGCAUCACGCCACGGAUCAGGACACCAGAGACCGGCUCCGACGAUGCCAUCAAAAGCAUCCUGGAGCAGGCAAAAAAGGAGAUUGAGUCGCAGAAGGGAGGGGAGCCCAAAACACCGUCAGCAUCGCAGGCAGUGGCCAACGGGGCAGGCGGCAGCAGCUCGGAGGACGCCAUCAAGAGCAUCCUGGAGCAGGCGCGGCGGGAGAUGCAGGCACAGCAGCAGGCGCUGCUGGACAUGGAGUCGGGGACCAGCGGGCGCGGGGGGGACGCGGCACCUGCCGAGCGCUCCACGCUGGCCGCCGUCAGCCAGAACAUCGCCCCUGCCUACGUCAAGCAGGAGGAGGGCAGCGGGGCCAGCCCCGGCCCUCCACAGACGCCCCUGGCCGUGCUCUCCCCCGCCGCCUUCGUCCAGAGCAUCAUCAGGAAGGUGAAGUCGGAGAUAGGCGAUGCCGGCUCCUACUUUGACCAGCACUGGGCAUCGGAGCGGAGCCUGCUCAGCCGGCCCUACACCUCUGUGUCACCUUCGCUGUCCUCCUCCUCAUCGAGCUACUCCAGCAUGGCCAAUGGCCGGGGCUGGCCGCGGGGUGAGCCCGGCGAGGGUGGCACCAACGAGGACGAGCUACAGCCGGCGGAUGAGGAGCCCCAGCGGCUGUCAGAGAUGAAGGCAGAGGGAGCCGGAGCGGAGCCGGCAUCUGGUGGGCGUCUGUCCUACUACCCCACGUACGUGCCACGGACCCUGAAGCCAACGGUGCCACCACUGACACCGGAGCAGUACGAGAUGUACAUGUACAGGGAGGUGGACACGCUGGAGCUGACCCGGCAGGUCAAGGAGAAGUUGGCCAAGAAUGGCAUCUGCCAGAGGAUCUUCGGAGAGAAGGUGCUGGGACUGUCCCAGGGCAGUGUGAGUGACAUGCUGUCGCGGCCCAAACCGUGGAGCAAGCUGACACAGAAGGGUAGAGAGCCGUUCAUCCGCAUGCAGCUCUGGCUGACAGACCAGCUGGGCCAAGGGAUCAGCCAGCAGCCCACACCCUCCCAGGCCAGCCCGGCAGAACCCCAGCCGUCCCCCUCGCCACCCCCCAGCCCCGCCGAGCACUUGAAGGGCUGCCAGGAGCCUCUCACCCUGGCCUUGGAGAGCAGCAAGGAAAACCAGCAGCCCGAGAGCCGUUCAACACCUGUACUGAGUGGGAAGACGUAUCCCAAUAGCCAGGGGCCCGUGGGCAUCCAGGAGAUUGUCGCCAUGUCCCCCGAGCUGGACACCUACUCCAUCACCAAGAAGGUCAAGGAGGUCUUGACGGACAACAAUUUAGGCCAGCGGCUGUUUGGGGAGAGCAUCCUGGGCCUGACGCAGGGCUCGGUGUCCGAUCUCCUCUCCAGGCCCAAGCCGUGGCACAAGCUGAGCCUGAAGGGGAGGGAGCCCUUCGUCCGGAUGCAGCUCUGGCUUAACGACCCCCACAAUGUGGAGAAGCUGCGUGACAUGAAGAAGCUGGAGAAGAAGGCCUACCUGAAGCGCCGGUACGGGCUGAUGAGCGCCGGCUCUGACAGCGAGUCCCCCAGCGCCCGCUCCGAGUGCGCCAGCCCCAGCGUGCCGCCGCAGGACCUCAGCAUGCUCCAGAUCAAGAAGCCACGGGUGGUGUUGGCGCCAGAGGAGAAGGAAGCCCUGAAGAAAGCCUACCAGCUGGAGCCAUACCCCUCCCAGCAGACCAUCGAGCUGCUCUCCUUCCAGCUCAACCUCAAGACCAACACCGUCAUCAACUGGUUCCACAACUACAGGUCACGGAUGCGCAGAGAGAUGCUGGUGGAGGGCACGCAGGACAAUGACACGGACCCAGAGCAAAGUGGUGGGACAGCCAUACCCGGCCGCCGGGCCCCCCACAGCCCCGAUUCGGACACGGAGGAUCACAAACCCAUAUUGGUGGAGGGCGAGCCCCCCUGCGCCGCUGUGCCCGCGAAGGUCAAGGAGGAGCAGGGGGAUCCUGGCGGCUGGAGCCGCCGGCGGGACUCGCGCAGCCCGGCCGGAGCGGCCGAAGGGACCGGACCUCCCCAGGAGGAGCGGGGGGCAGCCCCCCACGCUGCCACCCCCAGCGCCAGCAGCCUCCCACGGCGGGGAGGCCGAGCCGGCGCCGCCGCUGGGGGACCUCCGCCACCGCCGCCGCCGCAUCCCGACAGCUCCCAGUCCUCCACAGGGUCAUCCCGUUGCAGUUUGGUGGUCUCCCCAACAUCACCCUCGGCAGCUUCCUCACCUGGCCUCACCGGCUCAGCCUCACCAGGACCAUCCUCUGCCGGGCCGGUCUCGCCGGCGCUUCCACCGGCUCCCGGCCCCCGGCUCAGCACCAGCGUCCAGCGGCGCCAUGAGAAGAUGGCCAACCUCAACAACAUCAUCCACCGCCUGGAGCGGGCUGCCAACCGUGAGGAGGCCCUCGAGUGGGAGUUCUGAGCCCUCCCCCCCACCCUAAAUAUAUAUAUAUACACCCCCACACACACAUAUAUAUAUAUAUAUUUUGAUAAAUGCAGUGUGCACCGAGAGGUGAUGAGUGGCCGGCGCCACGGAAGAGGAAUGCCCGUGGAAAAGAGGCUCCCCUCUAUGGAGCCCUCUCACACCUCUGGCUUUGUUUUAAAUGUGAAAAACUGGGAACAAUUUUAGAAAAGAAAAACAAAACAAAAAAAAACACAAAAAAAAUAUUUAUAGACCUCUUUUAGAUAUUUUAAUAAAAGGAUACUUUGGAAUUUAUUAACAGCUUAAGCUGCUUUGAUAUUAAAGAUAGCUAUAAAAUCAAGAUGAUGUAGCAGUCGUGUCAUUAAAUGUACACUGAAGUCUUGUAGUUUGCCACUGGAUGAGAUUAAAAACAAAUAAACAAACAAAAAAAACAAACAAAAGCAAACCAACCCACAGAAAAGACUUUUUGAGCAAAGCCAUCAAGAAGCACUAUGAGACUGACCAAAUUUAAGAAACAUUUGCGGUUUCCACCUGUCUGUAAGACACUGCAUCGCUUCUGCCCCAGCCAGAGACUGCACCCUAGUCCCUGAAGACUCUAAAGCCCCCAGUGCCAUCGAGUAUGUAUUUAGUUCUGGUGGUUCAUGUUUUUGGAAGCCUUUGUAACACAGAAUGUCCCGUGUGGUUGUAUAUGUUGUAGAAAUGUCUGCAAUAGCCUUCUGGAACAAGAUGUAGCAUGGUCCCAACACCGUCCCUCGCGCUUCCUGCAGCUCCCAUCCGGCGCGGUGUGGCUUGUG